UCCCCUUCCCCUUCCCCUCCCCUCCUUUUUAUUCCAUCCUUCGACAAAACCCACGAAGCGAAAGCCCAGAAACGCGCAAAAUCUCAGAUCGAAACACGAGCGACCACCGGACUCGAGAUCGACGGCGAUGGCGGAGCAGCUGACGGAGGAGCAGAUCGCCGAGUUCAAGGAAGCCUUCAGCCUCUUCGACAAGGACGGCGAUGGCUGCAUCACUACCAAAGAGUUAGGGACAGUUAUGAGAUCUCUGGGCCAAAAUCCUACAGAAGCUGAAUUACGAGAUAUGAUCAACGAAGUUGAUGCUGAUCAAAAUGGCACUAUUGAUUUCCCUGAAUUUCUGAAUUUGAUGGCCCGAAAGAUGAAGGAUACUGAUUCUGAGGAGGAGCUCAAAGAAGCUUUCAAGGUCUUUGAUAAAGAUCAAAAUGGUUUCAUUUCUGCUGCGGAGCUCCGACAUGUCAUGACUAAUCUCGGAGAAAAGCUUACGGAUGAGGAGGUGGAGGAGAUGAUUCGCGAAGCCGAUGUCGAUGGUGAUGGCCAAGUGAACUAUGAGGAAUUUGUCAGGAUGAUGUUGGCGAAGUGAUUGCGGGUGCUGCAAUGCUAAAGGGAGACAAGAGUCACUUAAAAACAAUUGGUAGUAAAGAGUCACUUAAAAACAAUUGGUAGUUCUAUGAACCUGGAGUUUUUCUCCCCUCUCGUCGCGUGAUUUUUGGAAAUCUUGAGCAGAUACAUCCGGCUUUGUUCACUGUUAUGAUUAUGUACGAUAUCUUUGCAGCUCUGUUCUUAUCUGAUCAUUGUACUCAUAUCUUAUCUGGUUUUGAAA